UUGCAGCCCCUUUAGGUAUGAACUUUAAAAUCCUGUGACUAACUCCUCGAAUGUAUGGUAUAUUUUUGCCCAAAAGUUUGUUAUUCAGCUAUUCAUUCAUAAUUUGACCUACGAACUUGGGCUACUCUACUUUGUCAGAAGCAUAAUCACCUGGUUUGACCAUGUUUCUCUGGGAUUGGAUCACUGGUGUUUUGGGGUACCUUGGCCUGUACAAGAAAUCUGGAAAGUUGCUGUUCCUUGGCCUCGAUAAUGCUGGGAAAACAACCCUCCUGCACAUGCUCAAAGAUGAUCGAAUGGCCCAGCAUGUUCCUACGUUGCACCCUACUUCGGAGGAGCUGUCUAUUGGGAACAUGCGCUUCACAACAUUUGACCUUGGCGGCCAUCACCAAGCUCGUCGGGUGUGGAAGGAUUACUUCCCUGCAGUGGAUGCGAUAGUGUUCCUGAUAGAUGCCUUUGAUCGAUCCCGUUUCAUUGAGAGCAAAGCUGAAUUGGAUGGCCUGUUGACGGAUGAGCAACUAAGUCAAUGCCCGGUUCUUCUGCUGGGCAACAAGAUUGAUAAAGCUGGUGCUGCAUCUGAAGAAGAGCUUCGUCACACCUUUGGCCUCUUUGGACAAACCACUGGCAAGGGGAAAGUGCCACGAUCAGAACUGCAUGGCCGUCCACUGGAGUUGUUCAUGUGCAGCGUCCUCAAACGCCAGGGAUAUGGAGAAGGCUUUCGAUGGCUAGCACAGUACAUUGACUAAGAGUGAACAGUGAUAUGUGUUGUGGAGUGAGCAAUUUAAGUGAACAGCACAUGCCGCUAUAAUUGUAACAGUGGGAUAUGUGAUGCCAAUUGGGCCAGCUUUUGAGAUUCUUCAGUUUUAUAAGUCUUGCUUCCCUGUGCUCCUUUCCUCUCAAUCUUUUCAAGUAUCUUGUCACUUCAUGUAGUUUUUUUUUAGCCCAUCAUGCCCCAUUUGUCUCUCUAUCUCUAUCUCAAGUUCUGCCUGUUGAAAAAGAAUAUUGUCUUGGAGCAUAAGCCUUUGGGAAUAUAUCUAUUCCUCUGAAGAGAUGAAAUAUGGCUUGAUUGCACCCCAAAUGCAUUUGUUUCCUACAUGUUUUCCUUAGGACUGUUUCAUUUUGUUAGGUCUGAUCCAUUUUGUGUGGCCAUGGAUUGUAGAUGCAAGGGAAAAAUAUUGAAAUGAAAGAAACGUUUUAUCUUGUACAAACAUCAAUGGGAUGAUAAUGGACACAGUCAUGAGGAUUUGUUUGUUGAUGUCUUGCAUCACCUCCCUUCCCCCUCAUGGUAAGAAUUACUUGCUUUUGGAAUUGGUACAUGUGAAUGCCUCCCUGUCUGCUUCAACAUAUUGUGUUUAACACUGGAUAUAAAUACUGGGAUACACAGAUGCUAAUC